AUGAGGCCCAAGCCAUCCAAAUCGGGUCACACGCUUCCGUUCUGUCCUCUACCGUCCUCUUCGACGUCCUCUAGAGCUCGUUCAACGCCAUGGCCCUCCCUCUUUCUCCUCGUGAUCCUCAUCGCAUUCACGCCCAUGCUCCCACCUGAUCCUGGGCAACCAUCUAAUUCCUCCCGCCGUGUCUCUCCACCUACUGCCGCCUCCUUUUUUCUUGCUCCCACGCCCAAUCUACCCCGACUCUCUCGCCCUUUCCGAACUCCCUUAGACCAUCUCCAAGAGGCUUUGCAACACCGCGCACGACACCCAAUCUCACCAUCGCUGCCCAGGCCAGAGGUCCCACAGAUCGUGAUCAAGCAGGAGGAAGUGCCGACGCGUUCAGAGGACAUUGGAGAACUGGGAUACUUCAUUCAGAUGCGACAGCGCGUGAAGACCAGCACACCGCCUGGAGCGCGGUCAUUGCGCGAAGACGCAGAUGAGGAGGCCACACCGCGUGAACAACGCUCUUGCGAGGCACGAGACACGGACACUGCCCCGACCACCCCGACUCGCCUGCGCACGGUAAUCAAACCGACUGGUAAAAGCACCAGCAUCAGCCACAGGGCCCAGGCACGCCGCGCGCAGCUCAUGCCGCCCCCAAACCCCGAGCGCGAGGGCGAUGCGAUGGCUGCCGCUCCCGAAACCACCGGCCUCCAUUCUAUGGAGUUGCGGAACACUACACCCCAAGUGCAAGAGGAGUGCGCCCCUGCCGCAACCAUCCGCGGUGAGCAAGAGAAUCCCUCUUCCACCCCAACGUCCUCCGAGCCUCCCGCCCAACCCGGAGGGUCCAUCGCGCAUGCAGGAGGCUCCCAGCCCAUGCACUAUGUGCCAGCACCACGCACACUACGUGAAGACAUGCUGCUGUACCCAUACCACGCAGCACCCUUUGCCCCCACCCAUUACGGUGCUGCCGGACUCGACCCCCACAACCUGAACAUGUACUACCACCCGUCUCCGUACCAGAACCUGGCGGCGCCGCUGCGCUCGCGAGCCCCAUCCAGUGUCUCACAUGCAGACCUCGCAGGACCCUCCGCAGAGCCCCUUGCACCUCCCUCCAAAGUGGCAUCAACAUCCUCGCGAGUCGCACCUACAGCCCCGCGCUCGCGAGCGUCCUCCAACGUGUCGCAUAUCCAUCCCACCGAUCCCGCUGACCCUCUGCGCUACAAAAGCGCCUUAGCCCCCCCCGGUCCAAGUGACAUGCCGGGCUGGACCGUCCUCCAGGUGGCGGAUCCCCAGCCCCUACUUCCACAACGGCAAGCCCUUCCUCGCAGACCCUUAACACCCCCUCCUAGCGACAGCCAGCCCUCCAAGAGGGCCCUCGAGCCCACACCCAAGGCGACGAGUACGCAGGAGGACCCAUCCACGGAUGUGCCUAGCGCGCAGCAAGCGGGCACCGCGGACAAUGCAGCGGCAAAUGCUGCCGGUUCCCCUAUGGAUGAGUCUGGCGACAAUGUGGUGCAUGACACCUCCCACGAUGGCAGCCCGGAGUGGGAUGAGGUGCCUGGCAUGUCGUAUGAAGAGGCCGCAGAGGCUGAAGAGCAAGCCCUACAAGAGCAAGCCGACGACGACGUGUUCGGCACCCCAGGGCGACUCUCGGACGACGUGCGCCAGAUCCUGUGGACAGGGUUUGCCAAGAUGAAUACCAUCGUGGAGCAAGUCAGCAAGGACUCUGGGCUGCCAGCGGUGCGUGUCCAGGCGAUGUUCGGACAACAACACGCCCGCGUGAACACCGCCCGCAACCACUGGAACAUCCACGGCCGCUACUUCAAGAUGAACCAGGUGCAAGAAUGCAAGCGUCUCGGCCUAGAUGCUCCUUUGGCAGAUACCGUCGAAAUCCGCUCCAAGACGUACGCGCUAUUCAAAGAAGCGCACACCGACAUCUGGCGCGACAUCCUCGAGACCUUCGAGGAGGUCGAAGUGUGGGCGGCGAAUCACACUGUCGGCCAGCGCAAGCGCGACUUUGCAAAGGCAGUCGCCAAGAUGAGGCAGCUCGUAAGUGCCUACAUCAUGAGUGUCGCGCAGCCCACUAACCACCCCCUCACAUUCCUGAUGGCAGGCAAUCUCGUCAAUACGGACACGGGCCUGGCGCAGCUCUAUGAGACUGCGACGGCAAAAAAUUUUCUGAGCACCUAUCUGCGGGGCAACGAAGACACAUCCCUCGCACACUUCAAAUCUUAUUUAUAUCAUCAAACAUCCAUGGGCAUCCUCAACGAGGCGAGCGAGAACGGCGACGAGGACAUGGGUGGACCGAGCAAGCCCAGCGGCCCCGCCAUUGCAGCAUCAUGCCAGCAAGGCGGCGCACCUUCAAAACAACACCCCGGACCAUCCGAGCAGGCCGCUGGACCAUCCAAGGCAUCCACGCAGGUCCCAGGACCAUCGAAGCAGGCUGGCGCGUCCUCCAACGAGGGCACCAUCAAGUCACAAAAGGACUUAGACAGGCGCAAGUUCGGCCUCGAGUUCCUGCACCCGGAUUGGAGGAAGAAGCUCUCGUCGACAGACAAGGCAGGCGUCAUCAGGUUCAACGUGAGGGAGAUGGAAGUGGCCGCCGGUGGCCCUUGGGAGCGCAAGUAUAACAACCUGUUCCCUUGGAACCACCAUGCCGAGCUCUUGGUUACUCAAGGGCUCGUGUGGAAGAACUACCCUGAUGACGUGCGCUGGCCAGGCGAGGAAAAAACCGGUGGCCGCAACAAGGCCAAAGGGAUCGCGGAGCUGUCCAUGCCGGAACUCGACCAAAUGAUCGAGGGCCUGGUGGACAGGGACUACCCUUUCGAGUUCGAGAGGGUCGACAAGGAAGCCCUGAAGAAGAACAAGCUGCCGGUCAUCAUCUGCACACCCCCGGCACACGACGCCACGUUCAAGCGGGCGCGCCACUACUUCGCCAACGGGACAAGCGACCGCAAGGGACCCCCGAGGCGUGAGGCGCCUGCCUCGUCAGGAGAGCACGGUGAGAGCUCGUCGCCGGAUACCGAUGAGCUGAGCAAGGACACGGCCUCGGCGGCAUUGUCACCCGUGCAGGCGCCUCCGCCCAAGGCCUCUCUAACGAGGUCGAGGGUCGUCGAGGUCGUGAUCCGCAAGUCGAGGACGAGCCAGCCAACCACCGCAUCCAAGCCGAUCGACGUGGACGACAGCAAGGACGACGACGCCCCGGUGAAGCCGCGAGCGGACAAGCAGAAAGCCAUCAACGUCGAGGACUCCGAGGACUCCGAGGAUGAGGACGCCUACCAGCCUUCGGAGGGGACCCCCACCCCGGUGAAGCCACGAGGGGCCAAGCGGAAGGCGCUCCGCAACGGGUCCGACACCGAGGAUGAGCCCGAGGACGGCACCAAGAAGGAGCCAAGCAAGGGCAAGGGUCCCAGCAAAGGCAAGGCCCCUGCACGGAGCACCAAGCGGAGUAAGGCGAGCGCGGGCAGGAGCGAUGUCGAGCAGCAGUCGACCCCUCGCAUGCCCGAAAAGCCCAGGGCACAGACAGCCAAACACCCCGCACCACACCCGGUGCAUGCAGGGGCCCGAACGCGCGGCGGGGCUAUGGAUACCACCACAAAUGAGCAGUGCGACGUGUCCACAGAAGCUCCUGCCCAGCGUCAGCGCCCCGCCCGGCAUCUGCAUGAGGAUGAAAGCUCGCCAGAGCACGCGCCCCCCAAGCGCCGCCAUCGCCCUGCCACCACAGAAGGCGCCCCCACGGAGGGCACCCAUGACCAAGAGCAUCACCAGGAGGCUCCCGCCCAGCGUGACAAGGACGCCCCGGCCGAGCUCCACCGCCCACAGGAGGGACGCAGCAAGCGUGUGCACGCGCCAGCGCCAUCCAGCGGCACAGCUGCCCUCCCGCCCUCCCUCCUGCACCAGCGGCUGGCAGUCUAUGACGACGAGGACGGCAAUAGCACAAGCACCGCUGGGGCUAGCGGCAUGCUAGGCCAUUGGAUGUUCCCUCCACCGGCGCCCUUCGCACACGCGCACGACGCGCCACCGGGAUACGCACCACCGGGAUACACACCGCGCCCGCGGCCAACCCUCCCGCAUGCCCCCCGGUAUGCACCGCGCGGCUGGCCAGUCGACAGCCAGACUCUGGACAGCUACGAGGUGAUGGACCCACGGGAUGCAGGACACUAUUACCACCCACUGCCCCCUCAGUUCCGCGCACCCGAAUUCCGCGCGCCCGGCCUCAUGACGCCCGACGGCACCUACAUCCCAUCGGGGAGGGUCCACCCACAUUUCUACGAGGAUUUCGGCCAGGCAGCUGCAUUCGCCGACGUGCCUCAAGGCAUGCCAUAUGCCGGCUUCGAGGCGGCUGCCCCGCCUGCUCGUAGGAUGCCUGGGACAGCCGGCGCACAGACAGCCGGCGUGCAGAGCCACGACGAAGGCGAGCAACGAGGCGACGCCGGGCCCUCCAUGCAGGCUUGA